AUGGCACCAAUUUCAACCCCUCUCAACAUCACCAACGUCACAGACGGUGAAACCAUCCAUCAGCGCUGUCUCCUAGUCACGGGUACCUAUGCGCUUACCGCUGCUGAAGGGAGUUACAUCCAUGUUGCUACCAAAGGUGCAAACAAGGCCGACUCCUUUCCCGAGCAGACGUGGCCGAUAGCAGGCGGUAACUUCAAGGCUCUCGUUAUGCUCUCGCCAGGGCAGAACGUCCUGGAAUUUGCCUACGUCUGCAACGACUGCCUUGAACACACCAUCGAGUUAAACGUCAACUACAUCCCGCUCUUGCAGUACCCGCCUCUUCACCUCGCUAUCAUGGUCGCCGCAGACUCGCCAUGCCUCAUCGACUGUCCACCCUCAAAGGCCGCUGGGAUAUCUUCGGCGCACUCAGACCUUGAUGCAGCUAUUGCCAAGCUGCGCAUGGCGGCUUACAUGUGGCAAGCUAUGACCGCGGAAGACUUGAGGCUGCAAGGUGCUGGGCGUCGAUCGUUCAGGCUGGAUGAGGAGUGGACCGCGGACACGAUUAGUCGCGACUUCCUCAAUGCGCGCGCUGAAGAGACUCUCGACAGCGAAGGUGCCAUGCGAUCGACUGCCAAGGUCAACAUUAUUCGCUCUUCCAGGACUGUCAAGGAAAUUCGCAACAAAGAGGUCGCACAACAAAACCCUACUGCACGUCGUGACAAUGACUUGUUCGACUGGUUUUUGGAUGCGCUCAAGGAGCAAGGAGGUCCUUUCGCUUCCAAUGCCCGACCCAUCGUUGCUGGGUUGAUCUUGGACUCACACUACAGUAUCUCGCAGAAGCUGAUUCUCGGACACGCAGCUCUUGGUUGCUAUAACCCUGACGGAAUCUCACUGGGUAUGUUCGGUAGCCACCUGACCUACUCCUGGCCGCGCUUCUUGGAAGAAGUCACAAGCUGUCUCACAGACGUCCGUGCACCUGGAGACAAAGUAGGCAAUGACAACGGCCAGUGCGACACCAUGUGGGAAGCAUGCGCCAUCGGCCAAGGCGCUUUCCUCCAUGAAAUCGGUCACGCAUUCGGAUCGCCUCAUCGCUCUGGCAUCAUGGAGCGUGGAUAUGCGCAAGACUGGCCCAAAAACUUUCUCCCUAUGACCGCGUACUCUGGCCACCUCAAAACAGAAGGCGUACUUGUGGACCCUCACAACACACCUAACAAUGCUCGUUGGAAUCUAGCUGAUGCGCUCUCCUUCCGCAUGCUGCCCCAUUUCCGCCUGCCCAUCGACCCCGCAAUCAGCAACGAAGAACGACAUGCUUCACCCGGGGCCCACGCUGAGCACACCGAUGCUGAAAGCCCGACAAAGCUCGUCAUCAGCUCAAGCAGCGGUAUCGUACGUUUUACUUUCAACCGUACAGAGACAUCCCAGCCCCUCGGCUGGACUCACAACGCACCGAAGCGCAUUGAGUAUACGGAAUCCUCUCUCGAAGAGCGUUUCGAUCGAUCCCAAGCCCUCCAUCUCAACAUCCUCGCCUACAAUGGAAAAGAGACCAACAUCGGCAACGUUUGGAAACUCCUCGCCAGCAGAUCAUACAUCCGUAUCCCAGGCUCCGAGAUCCGACUCGCCAAGCGCCUCGCCUUCCCCGAUGAGUCCGAUACUCGUCGGUACGAAUGGGCGCAGCUCCUUCAUGAGAAGGGCAAGGAUGGAAACCUGCACCGCGCCGUUUCCAUCGAUCUAAGGGUCGGAUGUUUGUGGGAUGGCGGCGUGGUGAAGUAUGCAGACGGUCACACAAGUCACUGGGGACCCAUGCGUACAUACGGCCGCAAACACCAGUUCGGCGGUCACGCUUCCGAGAAGAUACGUCUUCCCGAGGGGGUGGAGAUUAGUUCCGUUGAAGUCAUCCCUAGGGAUGGUGUGAGGCUACAUCUUAGCGACGGUACCAGCGCGGGUGAGCUCAACGCGAGGCGUGACUCGGACAUUGUGAGGCUGACACCCAGCCCCGAUGAGAUCAUCGUGGGAUUUUUUGGCAAGAGUCAGAGGGGAGGCUUCUGCGGCGUCGAGGAGUUCGGAAUCAUCACUGUGAAGAGAGAUGUGGGAAUUGUGGGGUUGCCGGAUAGUGUGUGGGACUUGGAUGAGUUGAAGAACACUAGUGGGAUGGAUGGUGAUGAGGAUGAUGGAGAGGACGAAGACCGAUACGACGACGAGGAUGAGGACGAAGACGAAGAGAUGGACUACGAAGAUGACGAGUGA